AUAAAUAAAUUACAUAUACGAGUAUAUUUUACAUAUUGUUUUAUUCGAAGAUAUGGCUAAGGAACCAAAAGCAUCAAAAUUCGAUCCGAACACCGAAGCGUUCCAGAUGCGAGCGCAGUGGAAAAAGGUUGACAAUUGUCGGGCCCUUUGGUUUGAAAGAUGGAGCUGGUUAUUGGACGAAAGAAAACAAACGUUAGCGGAGGCGGACGCCAUCCGUCGCGAGGCCGCUUCGACCCUGGCGCAGGUCAAAGAGACGGAAACCACCAAGGCACUCAAGCCGGUCCCCGUCACGACUACCGGACUCAUCGGCUGGCUCGCUACUAAGCCGGAGUGCAAACUAGAAAUCUAUACGUCAUGGUUAUCGAAAAUACCAGUGAGGUUGCCCGACGCCUGGGACAAUAAGGACUACGUUUCAAAGUGAAAAAAAAUCACAAAACCUACCUUUUAAAUUUCUCGAAGUUCGUUAAUAAAUUUUACAAAUUCUGCUUCGUUUGAAUUAUUAAUCUGACGAAGACACAGAGCAUAGUGACUAUAGCGAGUAGAUAAUUAUCGUGACCUAUUAAAACGUUGUUUGUCUCUAAUUAUAUUCAAGGGCCCGGACAGCGGCUAGCGCAAGCCUAUUUGUUCCACUUGAAACUCUCAUGAUGCAUGCAUGUAUCGAUCGGAGG